UGUCUGCUCAGUCGUCGCUAUCCCGCCGUCGUGUCGGAGUGCGCCGCCCUGUUGGCCGCCCCGCCGUACAGGAUCACGCGUGUGUUGUUGUUGUUUGUGCCCGCACGCAGUGAGGUGGCCCGCCCGGGGCACGAUCAAGUGUCGCGCCCCGCCCACACCCGCCCCGCCCCGCCCUUGCGCCCCGCGCCGCGACGCGCCGCCACGCCCUCUCGGAGCCCUCUCCUAGCCGGUCCCAUGUUCGUCCUGCUGCCGGUGCUCAAACCAUGGAGCAGCCCUCGCCGACGUCGUACUGGGGUGACAGCGCAGGACCCACAGGACCCGCAGGACCCGCAGGACUCGCCGCCGCCAGCCCCGUCCUGGCGCUCAGGCACCAGGGCCAUCAGGGACUCCUCGUGCACGCCGACAGGAUAGGCCCCGGUGGCCCCGGCCCCGCGCCGCUCCAGGUCCCCGUCGGCCCCAGCUCCGACGCCAGCAGCGUCCGCCUGCCGGAGGACCAGAGCAUCUUCCACUACUGCGAAGGGAACCUCAACUUCUCCACGGCCCACAGCGAGGACGACGAGUACUUCCACAAGCGGAAGCUAUCGCGGACACUCGGCGGCGCCAUGGUGACCGAGAGCCUGCCGCUGCCGCGACUGCCCAUGCUGGCCGUGUCCGCCGCCGCCCACGAGCGCCUCCACCUGCACCCGGCGCACCACCAGGGCGCCCAGCACGGCCACGGGCUCGACAACCGCACCGCCCUCGUCGCCCCCAUGCCGCUGCCGCUGCAACUGCCCCUGCACAUCUCCAGCCGCCGGGAGCACCGCGAGGACCCAAUGUCGCACCGGAUCAUCGAGAAGCGACGCAGAGAUCGGAUGAACAACUGUCUGGCUGACCUGUCGCGCCUCAUCCCCGCCGAGUACCUGAAGAAGGGCCGAGGUCGCGUCGAGAAGACCGAGAUCAUAGAGAUGGCCAUCAAGCACAUGCAGUACCUGCAGAGCCGCGCCAACCUGGCGGCGGGCGUCGACUGCAGUACCGCAGGGCCCGGCCCCGGCGACCUGCGCGUCACCAAGUGCGAGCAGUCGCCCGGCUCGGACCGCGGAGAGGCCGCGGAGACCGAGGCCGCGUCCGAGACCACCACCACCCCUCCGCCCGCGGACUCCGCUCUCAGACCCGUCGUGCGGCCCAUCGUCACCGAACACUACCGCCUGGGCUACCAGGAGUGCAUGCAGGAGGCCAUGCACUUUCUCGUAGAGGUCGAGGGCUACCUCGCCAAGGAUUCGCUCUGCGUCAAGCUCAUCAGCCACCUGCAGAAGCACUGCGACCGCAUCGUCAAAGGUGACCGCCUCAACUUCCCCCGGACGCGGCAGCCGGGCGAGGCCACCUCGUCGUCGGGGAGCAACAGCAGCUACGGGCCGACGACGAGCGGGGGCGGCAGCGCCGGUGGCGGGGGCGGAGGGUUCAAGAGCGUGCCGGGGACCAGCCCCGACGAGACCCAGAGUUCGCCCGCUCAAGGACAUCCCCUGGCCCACCAACACCACGGUCUGGCCGCCAGCAUGGCCAGCAUGGCCGCCUCGCAGCUCCGAGACAUCCUGUGCUCGUCGCCCCCCUCCCCCUCCCCUUCACACCACCAGUACCACCCUGGGCACGGGAUGCGCGGCCACCAGCAGCACUACGCGGACGAGGUCCACGAGGGCGGCCCCCACGACGACCGUCACAGCCCACACCCGCACGCGGACCACCCCGGCGGCAACCACCACUCGUACCCCGACUCGCACUCCCAACACAGCUACAAGUUCAAAAACACCAUCAAGCAGCGCUUCUCCGAGGAGCACGGCGGGGUGGGCAUCUCGAUGAAGCGGAUGCGCAGCUCCUCGCCCGCCGCCACGACCGCCCCGUCGCACCCGUCCAGCCAGCAGACCCAGGCGAGCGUGCCCAUCUUUGUGCUGCACGCCAAGGGCUCGUUCUACAUCCCGCUCACCGUGUCCUACGAGACGCUGGCGCCCUACAUGGACGUCGACCUCCUGUCCGACGGCGGCAGCGCGCGCGACAGCGGGUCGACGGCGGGCACAGUGCAGCCUGGCGUCGUGCUCCAUCCCGUCACCAUCUCCGUCAACUUCCAGCAGCUCGUCAAGUCGUACCUUCACACCCCGCCGCCGGCCCCUCCCACCGCCCCAAUCCCCCUCCCCCUUGUGCCAGCCCCCCAGUCCACCCCAACCCAUCCCUUACACCCAUGGGCGAGGACAGACGGGGCCUUCGUUCCCAUGUCGCCGUGGGAGUUAUCGGCCCGCCCGUGAUAUUGCCUCAAGAGGAUUUCGAGUGAAAUGAGUCAGUGAUUUCAGAGACAGCUUUAAAUUGAACUUCGGUAAACGGACACACGUGAUAAACUUUCGUAAAAUAUUUGUGUGAUGCUCUCCUAAAACAAGCUGUCUCUGUAAAUCACUAUCUUAAGGACGCAUUAUGAUUUUUGGGGAUCAAGACACUGUGAACAAAUACCACUGUGAAUCAAUAGUUAUUACAAACCAUAGGCAUGUCAAGAGUUUUGAAUGCUUAUGGCAGAGAAGAUAGAUAGAGAUUGUGACCAUUAACAAAAUGCUGUAUGUUUCCUGAAGACUGAAUGGUAGUGGCUUAUACGACUCCCUUUUCUCCGGGGAGUGCCUUUCUUAAUUGUUUGAAGAUGGAUAGCAAAAGAUUUUUUUGCCAAUUAAAAUAAAAGAAGGGCUGGAAUUCAACUAUGAAUAGUCGUGUCAAAAUAAUGAAAGAUGUUAGUUUAACAUCUAUCCAGUCUGGAUAGAGUCGGUAGAAAGACCCAAAAAUUUGUAGAAGGAAAUAAUAUAUUAGGAACAGGAUGUGAUAACGUCUUGUCAUAUUUUUCGAUAACAAGUAUUUCUUAAUAUUUAAUUCUCACUUUUAGCAGUGUGGAGCUGCAGUAAGCAGACUGUCAACAAGAAUAAAUAAGACUGUUGUCAUAUAUUUGACUGUGUAUUCAGAACUCUGUCCAGACUAUUAUUGUUCAUUCAUCUUGCCAUCAAUAUAAUUCUGAAAGUGUUAUCCUCAAAAUAAGGAUUUCUCUACAUAAAUGAAAAAGUCAGGUACCUUGGAAAAAUAUUUGCUUAGUAUUUUCCUUUAACUUCCACUGCAAGAUUUGUUAUACAUCACAUAACUGCCCAGUAGUAGAAAAUGUUGCUUCCCCGACAGUCUACUCUCUGUGACAAACUUAUCUUUACCAUUCCUUUAAAACUCAUGAAUUUUUGUUUGUUCUGUUAUGGGAUGAUGUAUCAUCAAUUCAUCAUGGAACAAGGGCCCUCGCCUUAUAAAUUCAUAAAAACCUACUAUUAAAUUGUGGCUGUGAUAAGAAUGACUUAUUACUUCUCAAACCUAAACUAUCCAAGACUUUUGCACAGUUCAAAAUAUGGACCUGUUCGUUGGGUCAAACAAAUAGUUGUGCAUUAUUGAUGGUGCUGUUUUAUUUGCGCAUGGUAAAAUAAUGUUAUUAGGUAUCUCAUAGUUAUUUAAGAUUUGUUCCAAUGAUGAAUUUUUUAAAUGUUAUGAGUAAGAGGACUGUGAAAGAUCAAAGAAUAAAGUUCAUAAAAUUGA